AUGGUCGGGACGUUUGAGGGGAGUUUGCUUCUUGUUCUUAGCCAGACCACUUCUAGGAUUCAAUACAGCAUCUUAGCUGGUUCUCACUUUCUGCGUGAUUCAAGUCGCGUCUCUCAUCUCCGUCUCCGAUCUCAGCGUUUCGUUCUCAUACUCGGUCUCGUUUCUCGGUUUGGGCUCCUUUCUCGUCUCUCGUCUCUCGGCCGUCCUGGUCGCUCUCUCGUAUCUCGUCUCCCUCGUCUUCGGUCACGGUUCCAUCGUUUCCCCUUAUCAUUUCAUAUUAUCUUUGAUCGACCGCUUUGCUAUACCAUAAGUGUCCCCGCAUCUCUAAGACCCGUAUCACACAGCCGCCGUCAUGUGACUUCUUUGUGAUCUUGUACCCCUCCGCACCAUCGAGGUCAGCCCACAACUUGAACGCUCGAAUCUCGACGACGUGUUAAGCCUCGCGUCCACCGCUAGCGACAGCCGAUCCUCCCGCCGCACCGGACACGCACAGUAUAUGUACUCCGGUCCGCUCCUACGCAACAGUCCAGUGUUGGCAUUGUAGAAUGCAGUCUGGGACGACUCGUGCUCAGCAACAUCAAAUUCUGUAAGGGGAUGCCUUACAGAACAGCCCCAUAAGUAGCCUCUGAGUAGCUAGAACUGUCGAGUUCUAGUUACGACUUGCUUUUAGUCUAGCGGUCAAGACGACAGAUUGUAGUUUAUGCACAUCAGAGGCGCAUACCUUACAAAUUCAGCAUGAAUCUCCUGAAAGAGCUUUGUCGGGCGCACCACGUGGAAGGAUACUCCAGGAAGAAUCCGCUUGCGAAAGAGCUAUUCCUACAAGCGCUCCUUUGGUCGUGCGAUCCCAACUGUAAUGCUUGUUCAAAUGGGUAUGUUUUGAGAAGGCAACAAGCGGCGAGUCUCGUGACUCCGCCCCCAUUGCUUCCCCGAGCACAGAGCAUACGCAUCAAAACCUGUUGACGUGCUCCAAACCGAACUGAACGAGGAAGCCCAGAAGAAUCGCGAGAACAUCUCGGCGACUACCUCUAAACAAACGAUGCACAGACGUCCACCGCUGCAUCCCGAACCCGAACAAGAAGAACCCGGUAAAGUGACAUCGCAUUUUGCGCCAGCAUCCGAUCAGUUCGAGACCGAGAACCGUUCUGAAUGGAAUGAUUACUCAUCGAGGCUCGUUCCCGUCUCUUCUGCUGCCUGGUGUGUUCCGAGAGAGUCUUCGGGCAUAACGUACGAUGGGUGCCUGAAGACGACAUCAAGCGUGAGGAAUCAGGGAUUUGGAAGGUAGUAACCAACUCUACAUUACGGACGGACCUCCGACCCCCCGACUUACAAUUUUUCAGCUUGACGGGGCGCACUCAUCCAUCCCCGACGGCUUCAUCGACCGAGCGAUUUUAA